UUGCUUCUCUCUUCUUUCGAAAUAAUCGAAUCCCAUACAUACAACAAAAAGCAGAAAUCGAAAGUGAUUUUGAUUUACUCUUUACUCUUUGAUUUUGAAAUUUCUUGAAACUUUUCGUCUGAUUUGAAACUGGGUCAUCUAAUUGUGUUCAUAUCAAUUUGGGAGUUUCUGAUGAAUCGCCGAUCUCCCUCUUGCUUCGAUACCAAAAAUUCAGAGCCGCAGCGGCGUUUAUUCUGAUGACAUCGGCGAUUACGUCACGCCUCAGUCGCAAUGUUGUGUUCCCUCGUAAGAAUCUUGAUUCGUUGUUGGCUCCACAAUGCGAGAAACUUAUCGACGACCUAAGGUGUUGCGGAGACAUCGUCGGGGUUUCUCGAAUUCAUGGCUACAUGGUGAAAACGGGGAUCGACAAGGACGACUUCGCAGUGAGCAAGCUUCUAGCUUUCUCCUCUGUACUAGACUUACGAUACGCUGCGUCAAUCUUCGAGCAUGUCUCCAACACUAAUCUCUUUAUGUUCAACACUGUGCUCAGAGGUUACUCGAUGAGCGAUGAGCCGGAGCGAGCAUUUCGUGUUUUCAACCAAUUGAGAGCUAAAGGUCUCACCUUGGACCGUUUCUCGUUUAUCACGACUCUUAAAUCAUGUUCUCGUGAAUUGUGUUGUUCAAUCGGUGAGGGAUUGCAUGGGAUCGCUUUGAGAUCUGGGUUCAUGGUUUUUACUGAUUUGAGGAAUGCUCUUCUUCAUUUUUACUGUGUUAGUGGGAGGAUCACUGAUGCUCGGAGAGUGUUCGACGAAAUGCCGCAGAGUGUUGAUGCUGUUUCCUUUAGUACUUUGAUGAAUGGGUAUCUUCAGGUUUCUAAGCAAGCGUUGGCUCUGGAUUUGUUUAGGAUUAUGCGAAUAAGUGAGGUGGCCGUUAAUGUCAGUACAUUGCUUAGCUUUCUUUCGGCUACUGGUGAUCUAGAAGACUUUUUUGGUGCAGAGUCUAGUCAUGGUUUAUGUAUGAAGAUUGGUCUUGAUUCAGACUUGCAUAUAGUCACAGCUUUGGUAGGUAUGUAUGCCAAAAUUGGGGAAAUCAGUUCAGCACGCAGGAUCUUUGAUUGCGCCAUUCGAAAGGACGUUGUUACAUGGAAUUGUAUGAUUGACCAAUAUGCCAAAAUGGGUCUCCUUGAAGAGUGUUUAUGGCUACUGAGGCAGAUGAAGUACGAAAGAAUGAAACCAAAUUCAUCUACAUUUGUUGGGCUGUUAUCUUCUUGUGCAAAAAACGAAGCAGCAUGGAUUGGACGGAGUGUUGGGAAAUUAGUAGAAGAGGAAAUAAUAACCUUGGAUGCAAUACUUGGAACCGCACUCGUUGAUAUGUAUGCAAAACUAGGGAUGCUUGACAAAGCUGUUGACAUUUUUGAUAGAAUGAAGAAUAAGGAUGUAAAGUCCUGGACGGCAAUGAUCUCGGGUUACGGAUCUCAUGGACUAGCAAGAGAAGCAAUAACACUAUUCAGUAAGAUGGAGGAAGAGAACAGCAGAGUGAAACCCAAUGAGAUUACCUUCUUGGUUUUGCUGAAUGCUUGUAGCCAUGGAGGGUUGAUAAUAGAAGGAGUCAGAUGCUUUAAGAAGAUGAUUGAGGUGUAUCACUUCACACCCAAAGUUGAACAUUAUGGUUGUGUGGUUGAUCUUUUGGGUCGAGCAGGAAAGUUAGAGGAAGCAUACGAGUUAAUAAGGAUGUUACCUAUCACAAGUGAUUCAACAGCUUGGCGUGCUCUGCUAGCUGCUUGUAGAGUCUAUGGGAAUGCAGAGUUGGGGGAAACUGUGAUGAUGAGAUUGGCUGAAACGAAUGAGAUACAUCCGGCUGAUACAAUUCUUCUUGCUGGGACACAUGCUGUUGCAGGGAAUUCACAAGGUCAACAACAAUCAUUAGAUAAUGAGUUGAAUAAAACGAGAAAAGAAGCUGGAUACAGCGCCAUUGAAGUACAAUAGAGUAGGCAAUCCCUGGAGUUCAUUUACCUGUAGCUAUUACGUUAUCUAUACAACUACCAGACAAGAGAAUUUUACAAUCUUAGUGUUACUCCCAAGAACUUCCUGAAGGUUCUGCGCAGUUCGGAGAUUACAGAUCACAGGUACCAGCUCUUCAGAGAUUCCUCCAAAGCCGACAGUCACACCUUCAACAACACCCAGACUCCCACAUCACUUCCUCAACAAUCCUAGCGUCAAUUCUUCACAUCACAAGGCUGAACAGAACAACAAGAAACCGAGCUCCAUCUGCUCCAAAUAACACAGCCACUAACCAUAACACGGAAACAAGAUCUCCAACGGCGGAUGGAGGAGUCGAGAACCCAACUCAACCCAAAUCUUUCCAGGGUUCCCCAUUUCCUUGCACGGUUUUGUGUGUGUUAUGUAGAUAUCUUUGUUGAGAGAUUGUUUGUGUCCUGUCUUUUUUUGCUUCGAAGCUCAAAGUCUUCUAACUGACGGCAGUGACUUUGAUAAGUUCAAUCUUGGAUUAACGCUAGUGAUUUACUCUUCCUUUGUGUGUAAGAUUAUGGUAAAUGAAAAAGGAGAUCAAGUGAACUUCUUAUCAGCUUCAUUCCCCA